UCAAUCAGCUUUCAGGGAUUUAGAAUCAAAAUUGAAAAAUGUGGCGUCUCCGGAAAUGCCUUUGUUGCAUUAAAUUGCGCACGGCCUGCAUUAUUAUCGCCGUGUUGGAUUUCGUCAUCAACCUGGUGGUGCUCAACCUGGCCGGUCAGGAGUUCAUUGCCCACAUGGAGCAGGCGGUGGCCAUCUGCCACUGCAUCGGCUGCACUUUUCUGCUGGGCGGAGUUCUACUUAGGUCGACUGUCCUGCUGAUGUUCUUUCUGAUCACCAGCCUCACCAACUGCAUGAUCUUGACCAUCUACUGCAUCUACAUGACGUUUACCAGCCAGCCGUACAGAGAGCUCAUUAUUCCGUGCUCGGCUGUUUACAUUUGCAUGGACGUCUACUUCUGGAUGGUCGUCUUCUCGUACUACCUUGAAGUGAGAAAUCCUGAAGAUGCCGUAGAAGUUUAAUUAUCGGAAUUAAAUUGUCCUUGAGUCUGGAUUGAGAGAUCCGUUUCUCCAACGGCCGUUUCUCCAACGGCCUUAGUCUGUGUUCAGUUAACUCAAAUGCAAUUGAGCUUUCCUUUGGUAAAUCGGAUUUCCACUCCGACUAGACGAUACCAUAGUAAACUUCAAAGAUUUUUUAA